GAGUGUGACUAGUAAGUAGUGAGUUAGUGAGUCGUUCAUCUGAAACGUUCCGAUGAGUAAGUGUUGUACUCGAAUCUUAAUUGAGAACUGUGCGAUUUUAAUCACAACGCUUUUCCUGUGAAUCAUAUUUUAAGUGUUUUAUUUUUUUGAAAUUGUACUUACCAAAACAUUUAUUUGAUUAUUAUUGAAAAUUUUUAUAAUUAUUUUUAAAAUAUUUAAAAUCUUGUCGUGAUAUAGUCUUGUUUAUUUGUAUAAAUACAAAUUGUGCGAAAUUUGUAAAAUUUACUUUACUUAGAUGGUGGUUGUACAAGCUUGAAACUUAUUGGACACAUAUCGUGGAUAAAAGGUGUUUAACCAUGGGAGCCGAAUCUCAAUACAGUGACACUCUCAAAUCGUCAAAAAAAUGCAGCAAGUUGAGGCCGUUGAAGAUAACCGCAGUCGGAGACGGAAUGGUCGGAAAAACUUGCAUGCUCAUCACCUACACGACCAAGCAGUUUCCUACGGAAUACGUGCCCACCGUAUUCGACAAUUAUGCAGAGAACAUAAUUAUGGAUGGUCAAGAGUACAACAUGUGUCUAUGGGACACUGCCGGCCAAGAAGAUUACGAAAGACUUAGGCCAUUAUCUUAUCCCAAUACGGAUUGUUUUCUACUUUGCUAUUCAGUUGGUAGUCGAAGUUCAUUCGAAAACAUUGCCAGUAAAUGGCAUCCGGAAAUUCAACACCACUGUCCGAAAAUACCUGUGAUAUUGAUCGGUACGAAAACGGAUCUUAGGCUGAGCCAAAACGACUGUGUAACAUGGAAAAAGGGCAAAAAAAUGAUGAAAAAGAUCGGGGCCGUCAAGUACCUAGAGUGUUCAGCUCUGACUAACGAAGGGCUGGACACCAUAUUUAUGGAAUCGGUCCGCGCGGCCAUCAAAAGACCAAGACAGAAUUGUUUUUCGUUUCCGUUCACCCAAUGCUGUAAAUAGAACACGCUCACGGGACUCCAACAUCAUUCAUCGUCGUCGUCGCCAUCAUCAAGUACCAUGCUUAUACCAUCCCAAAAUAAGUGUUGUUCCGUUGUAGAAUGUCUAAUACGCAUUAUACAUACAUAAUAUUAUAAUUUAGUUGUGAAAUACUUCGUUUCUAUUAAAAUUCAUUUUUGGAACACAAAAUAUGUGCCAUAGAUUGUGAAUCGCCUGUACAUAAUAUAUGAUAUAAAAUAUAUUAACGUAAUGCUAUUUAAACGUAUAUACCUACCUACCUAUCUUACUAUAUAAUAUUGUGACCUCGCCGCGAUAACAAACCAACGAGAUUUUAUGUACAAGUUGUCGCCUUAUAUUGUCGGUUUAUUAUAAACUAGAGUACCUAUGCUUAAAAAUUUGUUUUUUUUUUAUAAAUGUAAAAAUGUAUUAUUAUUAAUUUUUUUAUUAUUAUUAUUUGUUUGUUUUGUCAUGUGCAUAAUAUAGUA